AUGGUACUUCUGAUAUCGUCGACGUACAGCGUCCCGAUCGGAUACAAAGUACCACCAUUUCCGUCUCUUUACUGGCCCGCAGGAUCGUCAGAACGACUUUAUGAAGUCUCGUCAUUAUAUUACACAUAUGACAUUUGGCGGUUCACGGUUCUGUGGACCAUCAUUCUGUUCUGCUGCUUCCACUUUAUUGCGGGAAUGUGGGCGUCGCUGGUGAAACGCGACUUCAAAAACGGACUCAUAAUCAUGUUUCUGUACAUUGGCAUUGCCGGAAUUGAGGCAAUAGUUAGCGGGACUAUUGUGGGACUCAUUAUCACGGGAGUCUAUCGAGCGGGUCUGUGUAGUGUUAGUACAUGGAUUCCACUCGUUUGGGCCGUGGUCCAGAUUCUCUGGAUGGUCUUCACCAGCUAUUCCAUGAUGAACGUCUUUCUUUGA